AUGGCGACGAUACACGACCUCCCAGGAGAGGUGCUGCGCUCUAUUGCGCUCAGCAUCUACAAUCCCCUAGAGCUCACACAGCAAGACCGCCUGACAUGGGGUAUCUUCUCCACUGUGGAUAUGCACGCGGAGCGCCAAGAGGAUCUGAACAGUCUUGUCAAUCUGGGUCUUACGUGUAAGAAGAUCAGGCAAGAAGUGCGAAGAAUCAUGUACCAUUGCAUUCGAAUCGACUCGGUCAAGGUCCUCAAUGAACUGCCAGAAUACGACUGGACGGGCUUUGUCAAGAGCGUGAUCAUUGACCUCACAAUGUUCGACAGCGACGGCGGUGACUAUGACAAGCAUAGACGCAACUUCUGGGACGAAGCACAACAAUUGCUACACCUCUUCCAGUCACUGCCGAUGCUCGAGCACGUUUCGUUCUUUGCCGAUGCAAGUGACGAUGGGACCCUGGCUCUCCUAUUCCAACAACUCAUCGACCGAGAUGGCCCCCUCAAUGCCCUCCAUCCACCAUGGUCGUACCAGAUCAAGUCAUUCGGGUGGCGACAGCGUGCGCCACCACCACGCGGCAUGAGGGAAUACAACUGCGCCUCACCAUUUGUCUCGACGUACAAGUUCCUCCAAAACGCUCCCAACCUGUCGCUUCUAGUGCUAGAUGCCGACCAAGAUACGAUGGAAUCCAUCGACGUGGUUGAGGCCAUGCAACAAUUGGCCAUGCGCCAGCCUCUGCGUGGCAGGACGAUUGCCCCACUCAGCCUAAUGAUUUGUGGCCCAAUCAAGCAGUGGGAACGAAUGUUCGACCCCAUGCUCGAGCCCGGCAACGACCUCAAGGAACUCUUUAUCGACCGUCCCUUGGACGGGAGGAUAUAUGCCGACCUGCAUCCGGACGACUUCAUCACCCUCGUACAACCCCUCAAGCAGCUGCCAAAACUCCAGCUGUUGCAAGUCGGCAGCUACACUUUUGGCUUGUACGAACAACGUAUCAUAGCCAAUCGUCUCGCUCGCUUGGUCCCCUCGCUCCUUGUCGUCGGUCUCCUGGGUGAUGACGCCGACACGACGUGGUGGGCGAUCUGGCGAGGGCUCGUGGGUGAGCCAUACGUCCGGCCUCUGGGGGACGGCCACCUGUUCCUUCUGGAAGAGAAAGCACGCGAGCUCAAGCCACCAACGUUCGAUGGAAUCGAAGAGAUCGUGCACUCGCGCCGUUCUUCCAGCUGUCAUAACCUUGCCGAGACUCGUGUCAACUAUGUCGCUGAACACACCGUCAAACCCAUCUUUGACCUGCCACGACCCCCCGCAUCGGAACGUCUUGCGGAAACCACUGUCCCGCUUUGGAGCCCUCCCUGGACUCACCAGGCGUACUCCUUUGGUUCCGAUGCCAAAGAGCUGGAGGACAAGCGCAACCACGAACGUCUGCCGACAGGUAUAUCGAUGGGAACCUAA